AGCCCGCCGCGCUGGAUCGACCGAAUGGCGUCCUUGUACCAGCGCUUCGGCGGGAAGAUCAACACCUCCCGCUCCUUCCCCGUCACGCCCGAAGCCAGCCAUCUGCUGGGCCCCCGGUGCUCCGAGGAGGACGGGACCGCCGCCGCCGCCGCCGCGGCCCACGCGGCAGCCGGAGCAGCGAAGGCUCCGCGCCCGUCGCAGCCGCACAGCCCCCGACCCCGCUUCCAGUACCAGGCGAGGAGGAGCGACGGCGAGGAGGAGGAUGAGCUGGUGGGGAGCAAUCCUCCGCAAAGAAACUGGAAAGGAAUUGCAAUUGCGCUACUUGUUAUUCUGGUUAUCUGCUCCUUGAUUGUCACCUCCGUUAUCUUGCUGACACCAGUUGAAGAUAAUAGCCAGUCUCAGAAGAAAAAAAUUACAGUGGAAGAUCUGUUCAGUGAAGAUUUCAAAAUUCAUGACCCAGAGGCUAAAUGGAUAAGUGAUACAGAAUUCAUUUAUAGAGACCGGAGUGGCUCUGUGAUAGUGCACAAUGUGGAAACAAACCAUUCAGCAGUUUUAAUAGAAAACAAAAUAAUUGUGUCUAUAAAAGCUAUUAAGUAUGAAGUUUCACCAGACAGAGAAUAUGGACUUUUUGCCUAUGACAUUGUGCCGAUGUACCGGCAUUCAUAUACUGCUUUUUAUGUCCUUAGAAAACUGCCUAAUGGGGAGCCUCAAAAUCUCUACCCUCCCGAGGUUAGCAAUGCAAAGCUUCAAUAUGCAGGAUGGGGACCCAAAGGCCAGCAGCUGAUAUUUAUAUUUGAAAACAACAUCUACUACUGUGCCCAUAUGGGGAAGCAAGCCAUCCGCGUGGUCUCCACUGGAAAAGACAAAGUUAUUUUCAACGGACUCAGUGACUGGCUGUAUGAAGAGGAGAUCCUGAAGACCCAUAUUGCCCACUGGUGGUCCCCUGAUGGCACAAGAUUAGCAUACGCAACUAUUAAUGACUCCAGAGUCCCAUUAAUGGAGAUACCCAUGUUCACCGGAAGCCUUUACCCUAAAGUGGAAACCUAUCACUACCCAAAGGUUGGAACAGAAAAUCCAAGCAUUUCCUUACAUGCAGUUGUUUUGAAUGGGCCUCCUCAUGUUUUAGAGAUGACUCCUCCUGAUGAUCCACGAAUGAGGGAGUAUUAUAUAACCAUGGUGAAGUGGGCAACCAGCACCAAAAUCGCAGUCAACUGGCUAAACAGAGCACAGAAUGUUUCCAUUCUGACUCUCUGUGAUGCAACAACAGGCGUCUGCACAAAGAAACAUGAGGAUGAGAGCGCAGCCUGGCUGCAUCGACAGAAUGAAGAACCUAUCUUCUCCAAAGAUGGCAGGAAGUUCUUUUUUGUGCGAGCCAUUCCUCAGGGGGGACGAGGAGAGUUCUACCAUAUUGCCAUGUCAUCAUCACAGCCCAAUAGCAGCAAUGAUAAUUUACAAUCUAUUACAUCGGGUGACUGGGAUGUGACCAAAAUUUUGGGCUAUGAUGAAAAGCAGCAUAAAAUCUAUUUUCUCAGCACAGAAGAGUUACCAAGGACUCGGCAUUUAUACAGUGCCAGCACUAAAAGGGACUUCAACAGGCAGUGUCUCUCUUGUGAUUUGAUUAACAACUGCACAUACUUCAGUGCAUCGUUCAGCCACAACAUGGCAUAUUUCUUGCUGACCUGUGAAGGUCCACGAAUCCCAGUGGUAACUGUCCACAGUACCUCCAAUGCAGAAAAGCUCUUUGAUCUAGAAGUAAAUGCCAGAGUACAGAAGACAGUAUCAGAAAGACAGAUGCCCAAGCGGGAAUAUCUUGAUAUCAAGAUUCAGGAUUACAAAUUGCCGCUGCAAAUUUCAAAGCCGGCCGUUUUCACGGAAAACAUGCACUACCCAUUGCUCCUCAUUGUGGACGGGACUCCCGGGACCCAGAGCGUAACAGAAAAGUUUGAAGUGAACUGGGAAAGUGUCAUGGUCAGCUCCCACAAUGCCAUCGUGGUGAAGUUUGAUGGACGUGGAAGUGGACUUCAAGGGACCAAACUAUUACACGACAUUAAAAGGAGACUGGGCACUGCUCAGGAGAAGGACCAAACAGAUGCUGUCCGUGCAAUUCUGGAAAAGACGUUUAUUGAUAAGAGCCGAGUUGCUGUGUUUGGAAAGGAUUAUGGAGGCUACUUGAGUUCAUACAUUCACUUUUCUGGAGAAGACAGUAAGGGCCCAACCUUCUCAUGUGGCGCUGCUCUUUCCCCGUUGACGGACUUCAGAUUAUACGCUUCAGCCUUUUCAGAAAGAUACUUGGGAUUACAAGGGAUUGACAAUAAUAAGAUAUAUGAGACUACUAAACUCGCACACCGAGUGACUUCAGCCAAAGACCAGAAGUUUUUGAUCAUCCACGCAACAGCUGAUGAGAAAAUUCACUUCCAGCACACUGCAGACUUCAUCACACAACUAAUUAGGACAAAAGCUAAUUACAGUUUGCAGAUCUACCCUGAUGAAGGUCACUACUUCAACAGCCCAGCCCUCGAGCAGCACUUGUACAAGUCCAUUGUCAGUUUCUUUGUGGAAUGUUUCAAAAUCCAGGACAAACCCCCAGUAGUUUCCACGAAAGAAGACGAGGACGAAGAUUAACUUUCUGGGCUCGUGCUAAGAUGCACAAGGCCACUUCUCAAAAGGAUAUGCAACUGAAUCCUCCUGAUUCCCGUCCCCUGACGAAAGGAGUCAUUAUGUGAGCAUGUAUUUAAGAAAAGCAAAAAGGAAAAACGGUCCUGGUGCCCGUCUUGGAGCGCCUGCCUUCCCGAACGGAAGAACAUUUAAGCAUGAGGAACUCAGCAGAAACUGCUGUUGGAAACCAAUCACAAUGAACAAAAGACCUUUCUGGCCACAGUGUGACUUCUGGAUAAGCUGCUCUACCGGGAAGCUGAGCUCCAACGGCAGAUUCCCCGAGAUGCCAACAGCACUGAAAGAAUGCAAGUCCAAGGAAUGAAUAAAACCUACCAUCUGUCUGUGUUAGGGGUCCCUUAUUUAGCAUCUCAGAUCAAAUGACCAUCCAUGGAAUAAAGAUUAUAGCACAAUUCUUUUUCAAGGGUACAGAUUUGUGUGUUGUUUGCCUGUUGUCUUCUGCAUUUCCAAGAAUUCGGCAUUGCUGCAGAACUGCUCAGCUGUACAGGCAUUUUCUUUCCACAGGCAUUUUCUGCUGUGGCUAUACGCACCUUUGAUUGAUGUUCUUGCACUGUACAGGCCUUUCUGUAUAUAGUUUUUAGUUGUUGCUCCUUUCACUUCAGCCUUGCGCUGACCCUUUCGCACUGCAGUGUGUGUUGGCUCCAGGAGAAACACCUCCUAACGCCUCGCGGGCCACAAGAGUUCCUGCUUAAGACUUUUCAAAUGCUCAGGAACUCUUCCCACCCGUUCCUUUAAUGCUCCAGUUGCAAUUUAGCUUUAUGGAUUGGGAUCAUCCAGUAUUAACAACUAUUUGGUCUUAUGCUUUAAAAAAAAAACACCCUUCCUUUCUUCCUUUUUUUUUAAAGAGGGACAAGGAUAGCUGCAUGACAGUUGUCAUCCUACAUUAUCCCCAAAUCAGGUUUUAUGUGAAGCAGCAAGUUGCUAGUCCAUAUUGUUGCAGAUGGCCAGGGUUGGGAAAACAUGAGAAGUAACUCUCAAAAGAUCAGAUCUUAAUGGUGCUUAGACUGUUAGGGCAGUGUUUCUCAAC